AUGGCGGCGUCCAUGCCUCGACGACGACAAGCGGCCGCCCGCGCGGCCCUCGCCCUCCUCCUCCCCGUUCAGCUCGCCUCCGCCUACACCUGGAACUUCCAGAGCAAGCCGACGCAGUGCGAAGACCUGUCCAUCAAGAUCUCCGGCAGCGACGGGAAACCCCCGUACCGCGUCCUCAUCGUCCCGUACGGCCCGAGCCCCCUGGAUAACAACAUCGAGGCGCGGAGAAUUGUGGCCGAGGAGGCGGACGGCGACUCGGACACGAUCACCUUCCAGCUCAAGUACCCAGAGAACUCGCAGUUCGUUGCUGUGGUGAGCGAUGCGAACGCGUUCGGUUCCGGGGGUACCAGUGGGCCGGCCAUCGUUGCAAGCUCGAGCGACACCUCUUGUUAUCCCACAAGCAACGUUGCGCCUGAUUGGGUCUUCAACAUAUACCCCCAGAACCAGAUCGUUCAGUGCCAGCAGACACGAUUAUGGUGGGAUGAGGACGAUGUGCAAGGUACCCCAUACUUCACCGGUGUUAUCCCUGGAGGCGAUUCCUUCGCCAUUCCACCAGCGGACAUCAACACGACGACGGAAACUGGCACUGGCUUCUCAUGGACACCCAACGUCCGGGGCAUGACCCAGCUGCUCAUCGUCGCUGGUGAUAACCGCGGGAACGGCACUGGCGGCAGCGGCACGUAUACGGUCAGCUCAUCCUCGGACAAUUCGUGUUUGGAUUCGAAUAGCCCGAGUUCAACGCCGGGUGACGCCGCUGGAGGGUCUUACCCCACAAACACCGACGGCGCUUCAAACGGUGGUAGCAGCGGUGGAAGUGGAAGCACAGGUAGCGACGGAGGCUCAUCCGACAACACUGGCGCUAUCGUCGGUGGUGUCAUUGGCGGUGUCGCUGGCGUCGCAUGCAUUGCACUCGCGCUUUUCUUCCUCAUGCGGCGCAAGAAGAACCAAAACCGGGAGAAGGAGAAGCCUGUGCUCAUCGACGACGACCAGGACGGCCGCGGCGGCACGAACGAAGGCACCGACAAUGAUCUGCCGCAGUACUACGAGCCCGAGCCCUUCAUGGUGCCAGAUCCGACCAGCGAUGGCAGGCGGACGAGCGCAGGCAACCUCACAGAGAGCGGCUACCUCCCUACACCGAGUCGCAGCGGGACGCCGGACGUGAUGUCGGCCAGCGGUGCGACGCGGAAGACGGCGCCGCGGCAGAUGCGGGCGGUGAACUUCAUCCAGCAUGACGACGCGGGUCCGAGCAUGCCGCCGGGUGCGAGCGAGGAGCCCGAGACGAUAGAGCUGCCGCCCGCGUACACCAACAUCCGCAAAGAGCCGCCGCCGGCGGAGACGCAGGCGUACACUUAUGAUACGAUGGACUCGCCCAAGCGCUCUGCGUCACCCGCUGGCUCAGACUCGAAACGCGCGCGGCUCGACGACGGCGAGGGCACGCACGAGCCCGCGCCCAUCAACCUCGACAAUGCGCCCGGCAAGCGCGGCGAGAACGAGCCCGUGCCCGGGGGCGAGAUUGGGAACCUGCCGCCCGAGGGCGCGGGCGACGCGCACAUGGACGACGCGGCGGCCCCGCCCGCGCGCGUGCGGCAGCUGAAGGAGGACGACGAGGGCGGGGACGUGUCGAUGGGCGACGACGAGGGCGGCUCGGGGGACGAGAACGAGAACGAGGCGGACGAGGAGGACCCGGCGGCGCUCGAGGCGACGCGCAUCCGGCUCGAGGAGCAGGCGCGCAAGUACCUCGCCGCGCAGACGCACGAGAUCAUCAUCCCCUCGUACGCGGCGUGGUUCGACAUGAGCAAGAUCAACCCCGUCGAGGAGCGCGCGCUGCCCGAGUUCUUCAACUCGCGCAACCGGUCGAAGACGCCGGCGAUCUACAAGGACUAUAGAGACUUCAUGAUCAACACGUAUAGGUUACGGCCCUCGGAGUACUUGACUGUGACGGCGUGUCGGAGGAAUCUGGCGGGGGAUGUGUGCGCCAUUAUGCGCGUACAUGCAUUCCUAGAGCAAUGGGGGCUCAUCAAUUAUCAGAUCGACCCUGAGACGAGACCAGCAGCACUCGCUCCUCCCUUCACAGGUCACUUCCGUGUUGUCCUCGACACCCCUCGCGGUCUGCAGUCUUUGCACCCAGGCACACGGCCACAAAACCCAGGCGCCGUCGCGGUCAAUGGAGCGCAGAAACAAGCUACCCCUGCCUCACUCGAAAUGCGCAAGAACAUCUACCAGACGUCGUCCAAGUCCUCACGACAGAUCAACGAGGGAGAAGCAGCAGCACUUGCGAACGGCAAAGACGUGCCCACCUCCGCACGCUCUGGUCUUUAUACUUGCGACACCUGUGGUGCCGACUGCAGUGCGGUGCGCUAUCACUCGCUUAAGGACAAACGCUUUCAGCUCUGCCAACCAUGCUAUCUCGACGGCCGCUUCCCCUCGACGAUGUUCAGCGGCGACUUUGUGAAGCUCACGAGCGCCGCCGUGCACGGGGUCGCGGACGAUGACUGGACAGACGAGGAGAUGCUGCGCCUGCUCGAGGGUAUCGAGAUGUACGAGGACGACUGGUCGCGCAUCGAGGAGUAUGUGGGCACCCGGUCAGCGCAGCAAUGUAUACGCAAGUUCCUCGAGCUGCCCAUCGAGGACCCGUAUCUGAGCACGGAGGGCUCGAUGGGCCCCCUGCGCUUCGGGCGCGUGCCCUUCGAGCAGGCGGACAACCCCGUCAUGAGCGUCGUCGCCUUCCUCGCUGGCGUCGUGAACCCCGGUGUCGCAGCCGAGGCGGCAAAAACAGCAUUGCACGCGCUCACCGACGGCGACAAGGGCGGCCCGAAGGAAGAGGAGGCCGAUGAGGAGAAUGCCGACAAGAUGGACGAGGACAAGAAGGAGGAGCAGCCCGCCGACAGCACCCCCGCCGAGCCCUCAGCAGCAGCCGGCACCUCGACAGAAGGCAACGGCGACUCCUCCUCCACCUCCCAACCCGCCAAAAAGCAGCCCACCGUCCCGCACUCCAAGGUCGCCCGCGCGGCCGACCUCGCACUCAAGGCCUCCGCGCGCGCCGCGCGGCAGCUCGCGGACGCCGAGGAUGCGCAGAUCCGCGGCACGCUCGCGUCGCUCAUCAAGCUCACGCUCACGAAGCUCGAGAUGAAGAUGAGCCAGUUCGAGGAGCUGGAGGACAUCCUCGAGGACGAGCGGAAGAACCUGGAGAGCGCGCGGAUAGCGCUCAUGAGCGAGCGGCUGUCGCUGAAGAAGAUGCUGGAGCAGACGCGGGAGCAGCUGGCGGCGCAUGGGGCUUCGGUGCCGUCGCAGCUGGGCACGACGGGGCAGGGGCCGAUAGCGAACGAGGUGCAAAAUGUGGAUAUGGGUGGUCCGUCGGGGCCAGUGCCAGACGGCAGCAUGCUCCAGUUGAGCUAA